CUACCCGGUACCGCUUCCGGCUAUACUUUGCAUUGCGUUUAGCGAGAUUGGGUGUUUGGCUUACCAUGUAUAGGCAUUGUUUGAAUAGAUUAGUUCAUUUGAUAAUUCCACGUGAGGCAGCUAGAAAUUUCGGUUCAACAUCUGUCACAUGCAGAAAGAGUAGUGGUGCAGAAUGGAAGAGUUUAAAAUUUGGUGGAAACUGGAGAAUUAAACAGGGUAAAGCUAUGGACGGCUCCACUUAUGGCCCCCUCACUGACCUGCCUGAUUACACCUAUCUAGAUGGCAGACCAACACCACUAAGUAGAGGACAGCUUCGGAGACGAGAGGAAAACAAAGAAAUGGCAAAACAUGUUAUGAAAAUGAUGACGGAACUGGACUUGGUCAAAAAGCCAGAUCAGAAAGAACAAAACACAGCAGAUAGACAGAAGAAAAGAGACAAGUCCAAGAACUUCAAAAAUUUCAAAUCUAAAGGACGACAAUCUUACUAUUCCAAUAGAGAGAAAAGAAGCAUCUGAGUAGAAUUUAUCAAUUAACAUCUGUAUGAACUUCAUGAACAGUGUUCUUUUAUCUACAAUAAGUUGACUUAAUCGUAGAUUAUGGAUGGCCCUGCAGUGUUUGUGCUGAACAUCUCUUGUUGUGAUGUUAUCCUGGGUAACUAUUAUUCAUGGUCCAGUUGUUGUCCAGAUACACGAGUAUAGUUCACUGGUGUGCACAUAUUCACAAUUAAAAUUCAAAUACUU